UACUACGAGAAAAGUAGUAUAACUAUAACUUCUUAUUAUAAUUAUAAUAAUAACCCUUCGUUUACGAUAAAUAAUCGCCAUUUCAACAUCAAUAAUCUGCACCAGCGUCUAAUGUAACAACUUAGGGUAAUUUCUAACGUAUUUCGGGGUUAAGUAAUACGGCGAUUGGCUCAACUUCACCAAGAUGGAAUCCGUCCCGAACAAAAUGGUGCCUGAUGAAUUUUGUUUGCUCGAACGACGCUUGUGUUUGUAAAAGCCUUGUUUGAAGGCGAGAGCUUCGCUGAUGAAAGCCAGUCAUAUCCAGAAAUCAGCAAAACAAGAAAUGAAUUAUUCCAUGGUAUGGCUAAUGGCGUUGAGACAAGCUCAGCAGACAUACAGUUACCUGCCCCUGCUGGUCCAAGGGUCAAACUCACAGAGAAGGUCUUUGCACCUGUUAAAGAGUUUCCAAAGUUCAAUUUUGUAGGCCGUGUGAUAGGACCAAGAGGGAUGACGUUAAGAGAGAUAGAAAGUCAAACAGGCUGCAAGUUGUUAGUCAGAGGCAAAGGCUCCAUGAAAGAUAAAAAAGUGGAAGAAGAAAAACGAGGUCAACCAAACUAUGAACACCUAGACGAAGACUUACAUGUGUUAAUAUCAGUAGAAGACACAGAAGACAGAUGCAUCGCUAGAUUACAAAAAGCUGUAGAUAAAGUACGAGAACUAUUACGGCCAGUGGAGGAAGGAGAAGAUGAAAUCAAGAAGAAACAAUUAAAAGAUCUUGCAUUAUUAAAUGGGACGUUUAAGGAGCCAGGUCUUGCAGGUACCAGUCCACCUGUCGUACCAGGAGGUUUAUUAGGUAUGCCAGUACAUCCUGGUUUAGCUGGUUAUCAGUUAACAAGGCAUCCAGUGCCUGGUGCUUACCACACACAACUGACAGGCCUUGAAUUCCCAUAUGCAGCAGCUCGUCCAGGAACAGUACUAGACUACCAUGCAUUAAUUGAACCAUCAAUACUAGGUGCUGUCAAACCCAGAAGGCCGAUUAGAGAGCAUCCGUAUCAAAGAUAAGGUGGGACUACUGCACUACAAUUUUACAUAUUGAUUUGAUUGUGUAACUCAUGAUCUUAUCAAAGAAUCAUA